AGGAGGGUUUCACAAAUGUGUUGGUUGAUUGCAUCAGACAGUAGACGAAUGAAAUGAUACGUUUGAGGAAUUCCUGAAAAAUCAUUAAUACGCAGAAUAAUGUUUAAAUAUUAACUAGGAAGUCAAAUUGGCUGUUAAUGUAAGAACGUAGUGACAAAUAUAGUAUGUUAGUCAAAGCGGAAAGGGCACUCCGCGUAAUCUUUAUUUUCCAUUCGCAAGAGUCAAACACCGGGAAAGUCAUUAUAGGCCCACACACAUCCAGGGAGUGAAGAUACGUGUAAACAUCUGCUCUCAAAAUAUACUCCACUGUUCAUCUCAUCAGAUAUCUCUGAUACUACAGUAUGUGGUGAGUGAUCCAGCACUAUGUCCCAGCAUGCAUUGCUGUCGGCGGGGACCAAGUCAUGGCGCUCCCUGGCCUGCUCACGAUCAGAGCUCCGUUUGGACCUCACACUAGGCUGCGGACAGAGCUUCCGCUGGCGAGAGACAGGAGAUGGCCACUGGACCGGAGUGAUGGGGGGACGAGUGUGGACUCUCACCCAGACAGACGACACACUAUGGUACCACACAUACAAUAGCCCCAACACCAUGGGAGGGGAUGGGAGGAAGCGGAGGGCAGGUUCCUUGCUCCAGGGGUCAAAAGGGUCAGGGAAAAGAUCCAAGGGAGUGAUAGAGGUGAAGGAGGAAGAAGAGGGGGAGCCAGUGGCUGUGACCCCAGACAGGAAGGAGGAAGAGCUGCUGAAUGAUUAUUUCCAGCUGAAGGUGAAGCUGGGGGAUCUGUACAGAGAUUGGGGAGCAGCCGACCCACACUUUAACAGCAUUGCCAAGAUCUUCACAGGUGUGCGUAUGCUGCGUCAGGACCCCACAGAGUGCCUGUUCUCCUUCAUCUGCACCUCUAACAACCACAUAUCUCGUAUCCAGGGCAUGGUGGAGAGGCUGUGCCAGUCCUUGGGCACCCCUCUGUGUCAGCUGGACCAGACCAGCUACCACGACUUCCCCUCCCUGCAUGCACUCGCAGACAACAGUGUGGAGGCUUGUCUGAGGGACCUGGGGUUUGGAUACAGGGCCAGGUUCCUGCAGCAGAGUGCAAGACAGAUCCUGGACUCUCACGGUGGGCCCCAUUGGCUCCAGGGGCUCCGCAGUGCCCCCUACCUGCAGGCACGUGACGCACUGCGCACCCUGCCCGGGGUAGGCCCCAAGGUGGCAGACUGUGUGUGUCUGAUGUCUCUGGAAAAGGCCUGUGUUGUGCCUGUGGAUACACACGUGUGGCAAAUCGCAAAACGAGACUACAGUUGUGCGGCAGGCAACGGGCAGAAGAGCCUCACAGACAAGGUCCACCGUCAAAUAGGGGACUUCUUCAGGCAGCUGUGGGGUCCUUAUGCUGGUUGGGCACACUCGGUGUUGUUCUGUUCCGACCUGAAGAAGUUCCAGAAGCUGAAAGAAACACACUCUCUGAAACAGGAGGAGGAGGAGAAGGUCAAGAUAAAGGCGGAGGGAGAGGGAAUAAACAAGACAAUUCAAAAAAUGUGUAAUAGAAAGGUGAACAUGUCUGUGAAGGAGGAGGUGGAGUGAGGUCAGUAGAAGUUAUGUGUUGGUGAUUUAUGUUAUUUCAGGAAGCUAACCUGAAUGUAUGUCAUUCUUUGCACACCUCUCUGGAGCAACUAGGCUAUGAGUCUGACUGUUUUACCUGUUCUCUUCAGGUUCAUGACAUGAUUAACUGCAAACCAAGGUCGCUGUCAGUGGAGAUUGUUCCUGAUCACUUUGUAGAAUGAUGUAAAACAGAGCUAAAUGUGAUACACGCUUUAAUAGAGAGUUCACUCUGAACCAGACUUCUCACAUUAUCUGUCAUACAUUUAUGUUCAGCUCUAAACUGAAGGCUGGUGUUUAAUUUUACUGCAAUUUCUGUCUGUGAAUGAAGCUCUAUAGGUAUGUGUCAUUUUCCACUGCCGUCUCUACAUAUGAACUACAAACAUAGAAACCGUGUGUUUAUCAUAUCUUUUCUAGAUGAAUGGACCACUACACAGACUCUGUAACAGUUCAUUUUUAUACUGAAAUUAACAGGUUUUGGACUACUUUCCUUUGUCAGUGUUGUUUGGAGAUUAUGCACACAUUUUGAAUAAGUCUAUUUGUGGAUAAUCCCACUCCUUUGAUCCCCUAUAUUUGUCUUUCCAUCAGUGUAGUAUGCUUAGACCAUAGAGUUAGAGGACUCUAGUUGGAUAAAUGGGACAUAUAUUAUAUCCCUAUUAUUCUCUAUGACCCAGACAGAAAAGGUGCAGAGCGUCAGAGGUGGCCUCUAGAUGGCAAUAAGAUAUGGGAAGAUUCUGCAUCAUAGUAUCAUGUGAUUUUUCCAGGUCAGUCACUGUUAAAAGAUUAUUCUACUUUAUUCUUCAUUGUUUGCUGAGCUUAUAUUAAGUAUUCAAUGGCCCUCAGGGUAGCCUAUGUGCCAAUGCAUUUAGCGGUGUUGACGUGUGCAGGUUCGUAUGUCCAAAAAUGUUGUCCAUUACUGGUGCAAUACACACUCAAUCUCUCUUGACGAUUCUAUAUGUUUACUGUGCAUAUCUGUGAGUCUGUCCAAAAUAAGCAGUAUAUCCGGCCAGCUGUGAAAUGCCAUGGUGUCUGUACAUGUAUCUAUAGGCAUUAGUCAGGUGCGUCAGCAUGUCUGUUUAUAGUUGGGAUUGCAGUUAUCUGCCCUCAGUGCUAUGAGCUAUAAGUGUGUGUAUGUCACUCUGGGCUGUCACUGGUGUCUAGGAUAGUGUGGGCUAUAUGGGAGUCACUGGGAGAGUUUGACUGUAAUAUAACCUGUAUGUAACGUAGAUCUUUUUUUAG